ACAAGGUGCAGAGAAAUGCUGCCCUUGAAAGCGCCUUGGGGUUCGGGGGUAUUCUUUGCAAUACAAUGGAUCCAGUUUGUCAUGGCUACUCUCAGCAUUAUAGGUUCAAGCUCAAUUAUUGCAUCUGCUGUGUUUCAGAAUCUAAUGAAAACACCAGAGGUGAGGCCCCUCUUUUACCUGAGCAUCUCGGACCUACUACUAGGAAUGUGCUGGCUCACCGGGGCUCUUCUGUAUGGGACGCUAUCAGCCAACGAGGAUGUGGUCUGCUACAACCUUCAAACAACGGGACAGAUAUUCUACAUCUCCUCCUUUCUGUACACCGUCAACUACACUUGGUAUUUGUACAUGGACCUGAAGACGAGAUACAGCCAGAAUGUGUACAGCUCAACCCCACAGGUGUGGGCCUGCACCUCCCGGCUGGGGAAAGUAGCCACGAUUUUGUCCAGCCUGAUCCCUCUGCUGUUGAUGGUGCCCGUGUUCUGCCUGGGCAACACCAGCGAAUGCUUCCUCAACUUCAGCCAGAGCCAUCGGUGUCUCCUGAUGCACACCCCGCCACCGGCCAUGGCUGAGCUGGUGCCGGCCGUCAGCGGCGACGUCUGCAGUGCCUUAUAUUUCUACAGCCUUGCCGCCUUGCUCGUCAGCUUCCUGUUCAGCUUCCUCACUAUCCUGGCAUUGCUCCUCCGGGCAGAGAUGCUCUACAAGAAGUUUGUGAAGUCAACGGGCUUCCUGGGCGACCAGCAGUGGGCCAUGAUCCGCGUGGUGGAGCAGCGGGUGCGCUUCUACCCAGCCGCCUUCUUCUUCUGCUGGGGCCCAGCCGUCAUUUUGGGGAUUGUGAAGCUGAUCAUGCCGCAGAACACCGAACUCCACAUGGCCCUUUACGUGCUGCAGGCUCUGACUGCCGCCUCCCAGGGUCUUCUCAACUGUGGGGUGUACGGCUGGACGCAGCACAACCUCGGGCGCUUCAAGUGGGAGGGCCGGCGGGACGCCGACACGCAGACUCCACUGCUGCGCUCGCAGAAGAGGUUCUACGCCAGCACCCUCCCCAGCUCCACCACCUCGUCCGCCCUCUGAGGCCCCGGGACUGCCAGCGCCAGGGUGGGGCAGGCUGGCUGUGGAGGGGACGGUCCCGUCCAGAGCUGCCCCACCCUCAACACGCAGCUCUGUUUAUUGUGGAUUGGCUGACUGGUGGUGGCCGAAGAAGGGAGGCGAAGCUUCCGGCUGGACUCAGGUGCAGCCUUUGCUGGUCAGACCCGGCUUCCCUGCUCCUGACCUCAAUGAUGGUCAAAUCUGUGGCGACCCCAACCCUAAGGACCAUAAACCCCACCGCUUAUUUAUAACCCCGGCUGCCCCUGGACAGAGCCACAACCCCCGCAGCCGGGAUCACUGACGCGGGUCGGGCCUGGGCGUCACCCCGACCCCGGACCGCAGCCUGAACGGAGCCCAGAUCGAGAGGAAGCGGUUCUCUUUAUUCACGUUCAAACCGACCGAGCCCCUCCCGCACGAUGGCCAGCACACGUGCUAUUCCAGACCCAAGAGUCGCUCUUGCCCCGCUGGACGCUGCGCUCAGGCCUCCAUCCGAGCCAGCCCCGCUGCCUGAAAUCUGCCUCAAGCUGGCCUUUUGCAGCCUCAUUCGGGGACGGACGAUUUGGGGGCAUCAUUUCCCCCCCUCUAGCUGCUGCUCUUCACCUUCCCUGACAGGUGGUUUUUAAACAACUGGAAUCGGUCGAAGACUCCCUUCUGACCCCUGGUCUCCCCCAUUCCACCGGCCCCGUCCUGCCUUCUUGCGCCCCAUCCCCCUGC